GCUGUGAUGCAGAAGGAUUCGCUGACAGCAGUAGCGGUCCUGACUUAACCAUUGCAACCUAAGCAGCAAGAGUAAUAUGCUCUUCCCGCUGUGUGGCGCCACGCUGUGUAGACCACAGCAGGCGCAAGCAACUGGUAGCAAGGCAAGCAGCGCUCUCCUGUACCGACAGCUUCGACUCUUCUUCCUCGUAGACACUGGAUAAAGUGUCAUCAUCGCCCGCGUAAACAUUGCUUGGCCCAGCAUCAGUCACUGCGGAGCCAACAGCAUUACUUGAGACUACUAAUCUUUUUUCAUCUGUAGCACUGCGGGACCAACGUAACGCAAGCUUUCAUCAAGAAACCAAAGGCGGGGGCGUCAUGGCUGCAAUGAAGCCAUUUGACACACUUCGCAACUGGAUGACUGGUAGGCCACAGGAGCCGACUGGCGAUGAUCAACUGCCGAAUAUCGGGAUUGCCAGCCCAGUGGGACACCCUCGUCGACGUAGAAUCACCGGCAUUCGUGAGCACACUGACGAUAGCUCGGACUUGCCAAGCAGCCGUGAAGUACUCCAGCAUCUAGCCUUCAGUAAGGAUAACGGCGGAGUCCAACACCUUGGUGAAGACGCUCGCAGAUAUACCUCGUAUGCCACGACUCUUGGCAGUGACGAUCACCCACCCGGCCACCGAGAUACAUACGAGAGCAUUGAAGCGGAGCUUGAUGCUCUGAAGCUAGAAGUUCUCCAGCUCAAGACAGAGCGUGAUCACAGUGGCCAUUCUACGGCAGGCCAGCAAGUUGAUUCUGAGAACAUGCUGCCCGCCGUCCUUCUCGACACAGCCGUCACUGUCAAUGCCGUGCAUUCUGCCACCGGCAAGGCUUCACUUGCGUCAGCAGCUGAUAGGGAGGGCUCAGUCAUUGUGUCUUCACUUGAAGAGAGUGUGCCUCAACGAGCUGUCAUCGGGCCUGGAAGCUCUUCCUCGUCACCCACAGCGAAGUCACUCAAGUCGCCACCGCGCUUUGCUCAACCCACGGAGUCGUACAGUCGGCGUACCGGCGAGACCCGGCGCAAGGACUCCGUCGUCGGCUAUUCGAGUCCGGAGGCACUGUCAUCGCCAAUGAAGGCGCUGAUAAGUGGCAAGCCCGACAUCGCAUCCAGCAAGCGUGCUGCUCAACGUGAAGUGACCAAGCGUACACGGUUGCCUAUCGACUGGCAGGGAGAGCAGCCAAUCAAAAGUGGCAAGGCGAGUGCCGGUGAUGCCGCAGAAUUCAAGUAUAAGGAGGAGCUGAAGGGAGACCAGGCACUACGCAAGAAGAAAAGCUCAUACACGUCGCCGACAGAAGCGGCCACUCAACGGAUCUUUGCCACUCUGAAUGACGGAGGCACUCGUCGCAGCACAGGUUUUCAGUCCGGCAAGACGAAAGCAAACAUCCCGGUCACGAGCAGUGCGGUGCUACAGUUGUCCAAGACGUCCACGACCACUCCGACUGACCGAAUUGCGAACAGAGCCGUCAACAGAGAGGGUCCAGCAAUACCACGGUUGACUAAGAAGUCCGCAUACGGUCAUCGAGAAGGUCCAGCUUCGAGGGUAAUGAGUCCUGGGCUGGCCGUGGGCGCUACUAACGUGGCUUUUGGAGAGCCGUCACCGCAUGGCAGCUCGAGCAGAUUGCCACGCGCUCGUGUCGACACCACGAGAACGACCCUGAUGCGUCAUGGAGCAGCAGAUGCUGCCAGCAUGACAAUACCCCCGAUCGGUCAAUUACGUCGCACAUCGCGUGCUGAUAUCAUGCAGCCGAUCUACGAGAAGCUGGAGAGGCUCGGUCUGGCUCGCAACUGCCCAGAUGCCAGCAACCUGUCUGAAAGUGCUGUCCAGGCUCGGGAAGCCUCUGCUCAGGAGGAAGAGGCUCGCAAGCUAUCAGCUGCACUCGAAAACGUCACACGUCUUGCUCGGCAGGGUAUCGCAGGUAAGCAGGUGAUCGUGCCUUCCCGCAUGCAGGUUCCGGAGCGCGAAUUCAGCGCUACGUCUUCGAAGCUGGAGCUGGACCCGGGUCCUACCAAGUCUGGUGCUGCUCCCGGCCCGUUGGGUGUGGAGCAGGCGGCUUCCAGCGAUCCGUUUCAGCGCUCCACAUCACUCACAUUGCAGCCGCAAAGCGUCUCUAAAAUCCAGAUGGCUGCAAUCACCGAGACUGCACGCGAGACGUCAUCGGCAGCGUCGUCUCUCCGUGCAACAGCGAAGCCGUUUACUCCCAUAUGGACUCCCGAAACGCCCGCUCAGGAGUUCGGUCUGCUAUCCUGGCAAGGAUCACUUGGAGAGUACACACCCGAGGAGUGGUCUGCGCUGCCCAAGGACGUCCGGAACCACAUCGAAGGCCUGCGGAAGUUCAAAGCACAGAACACAGUCUCGCCGAGUUGCAAUCUGUCGCCGUCGAAGAGAGCUGAGCAGCGGUUCUGGGGUAGAGUCAUGGGUACCGCUGGGCUUAAAGGUUAUACAACAGCUUCGACCAUUGGUCUGCAGCAGCAUGGCUUAGCCACGCCGCUCAUGUCUGCGAACGGAGUACAGCCGGGCCAGAAGCUGGUGCCACAGCUGUCUUCAGGUCAGGGAAACGCACAGCGGGUGCUCGAAGACCUUGACGGCCAGAAGAAACCAGUGAACUUCGGCGAGCGUGCGCCUCUGUCACCCGCCCUUACCAACCUCUUCACCGAGCCAUCACCAAUCAUCUCUCCAGCAUCCAACGAUACCUCGCCACCAGUCACUCCGCAAGACCACCUCGCAUGGACAAUUGGCCCCGGCUACGCUGGGCAUCGACGUGCUUAUGGCUGGCAAGGUGGCGACGGGAAGGAGAUCAGCUUUUCCGGCUAUGGUCCGCAGGCGGAGGCCAACCCUUACAGUCCGGUCAACAUGCUGUAUUACCCCUGUGGCGCCGUCCAUCGCAGCACUCAGCAAGGGAGGUACAAAGCAGACGCCUCACUACCUGCCAAAGUGUGGCCAAGGUCGAUGAAGCAGUGGGCAGAAUAUGCACAGCUCACGAAGGUGCCGUGUAGUCAAGUCAACGUCCUUGCGGGUCUUGACAACGAUCCACUUGCGACAUAGCACCGUCAAGUCUGCGCACUGACUGCCUCGGGAGCAGCUCCGCGGCCGAAGUCAUGCUGCUGGAUGCUUGUUGGAUGACACAGCAUGUGGUUGCUGGAAUGAGGCGUAGUUCGAGUAAGGGAGAGGAUGAGGUUCCAACUGUUGUCGUCGUUGAAGGCUCGCUAAUGCCGC